AUGCUAGUGGAGCAGCGUGACUACAGGGCCCUUGUAGUGGCGCUUGAGCGGCGUUUCGAGCAGAGGCCAUUGGUGGAAGCAAUGAGGAUAGAACUUUUAUUAGCAAAAUGGAAACAGAACAAAGACGAAUGUGAAAGAAUAAGAGUCAAAGGGCAGUGUAUCAAAGAGGAAUGUGAAAGGAUGAGAUUCAGAGGUAUUUGUUGCAUAUAUCAAUGUAUGAGGACAGAAUGCCAAGGUUUUCCAAAUGUGAUCAAUCAACAAACAAGUUUUAAAAAAUACAAAAGCAAAUGCAUGAAGUUAUAUGACUGCCCAGAGUUAAAGAAUGGCACUAUGCAAACACAAGGAUAUUGUAUGGUUAUGAAAAAACAGGAAAUCCCCAGAAAACAACCAAUAAGACUGAUUGCUAAUUCAUCAUGGGUGGGUGAACAAACCACUGAUAAUCAGGAUGCUGAUGUUGAGGUGAUCCUUCCAGCUGAGCUAUCUGAGAGAGCUGAAGAGCAACAGAAUGACCUUUCAAGGCUCAUUUUCACCGUAUUUAAUGGCAGCGAAUUAUUUGAGGAUGAAAAUAACAGCACACUAUUAAAUGACCAAGUGUUUGGAAUUACUGUGGGAAACACAAGCAUUCAGAACUUAACGGAAGGUGUGACUAUUAAGGUUAAUCAUGGCAAAAAUAUGAAAAAAGCAUCAUAUCGAUGUGUAUUCUGGUUUGAAAGUGACAAUGAAAACAUAUCAGACUCCUGGAAUUCCACAGGCUGUAAGACAACAGUUGAGGGUCAUCAAACCAUUUGUGUGUGUGACCAUCUGACCUUCUUUGCUGUGCUGCUGGACUUACGCUUGGACAGCAACUCGUUGAAUAAAAAAGAUGUGAUAUCAUUAACAUACAUCACAAUGAUUGGCUGUGCGAUCUCUGCCGUCUUCUCAGUCAUCACAGUAUUCCUUUACUGUGUGGUGAGGAAGACUAAAGGUGAUCACACCACCCAGAUCCACAUUAACCUCUGCAUUGCUUGCUUUCUACUGAAUAUGAAUUUCUUGACCAAUGAGUGGAUUAGUAAGCUGAUGAUUGAUGGUCUCUGUAAGACGAUGGCUGUGCUCCUUCACUAUUCAUUACUGUGCACUUUCACAUGGAUGGCAAUUGAAGGACUUCAUCUCUACUUGUUGCUGAUCAAAGUGUUCAACAUCUAUGUCAAACACUACAUACAGAAACUGGCUUUAAUGGGUUGGGGCAUCCCUGCUGUGGUGGUGUCUUUGUGCAUUGCAGUGGACAAGGACAAUUAUGGACAAUUUCAAAUCAAAAUGCAGGACAAUAACAGCUCUGUUUCCAUGUGCUGGAUAACUAAUGAUAAAGUUCAUUAUGUUACAAACUGUGGUUUUUUCGGCAUGAUAUGGUUAUGGAACCUGACAAUGCUAAUCACCGUCUGUGUCAAACUAGCUGAGAUGAGUAAAGGAAUUAAUUCUAGGUCAAGAUCUGUGUGGAAGGAUCUGUGGAUGGUCCUCGGCCUCAGUUAUUUGCUGGGCAUCACGUGGGCUUUGCCAUUGAUUUCACAUGGACCAAUGUACGUGGUUCAAACGUACCUGUUUUGCAUCUUAAACUCCCUGCAAGGGUUUUCUAUAUUCCUGUGGUACUUUGCCACAAAACUAUCAUCCAAAGAGCAAACUAUAAAUGAUACAUCAGAUAAGUAAAGAAGGAAUGGAAGUGAAACUGGAUUUGUUGGAAAAGACCCUGCUGAUUAUAAACUUUAAUUAAGAGCAGCAUUUGUUAUUUCAAUUUGCCCUAAAAGUCUAACCCAAUAUCUUUGCUCUGUCUUUGUCUGGAUGCUCAUUUGGUCAGAAUAUCUGAUGAAGUAACCAUGGUCCUCCCUCUAUCCCACCACUGCUACUCUGGGGCUCCCUCACUCCUAACCCCAUUAUCCUUGAAUGAUCACUCCUGCACCCAGCACCCUGGUGCUCCUUCACUCCCAGCUCCAUUAACCAGAGACUCUCACAAUCCACCAAUGUCACACUGGGACCAUCACUCCUGCCCUUGUCAACUUGAGACUUCCUCACUCUUGCUCACGUCCUCACGGAAACCACUCAAUUCUGCCCUUAAUACUCAGGGACUCCCUUACUCCUGCCCUAUCAAAGUGGGUUCCCUCAUUCUCGACCCCUCACUGUGGGACUUCAUCACCCCUGCCCCGAUGUUACUGUAAAACACUUUGUUUUUUUUGAAGUCUUUGUGCUAUAUUGUCUGUAUUAUUAUAGUGACUGCCCUUCUAAACAGAUUUCAUUGGCCGUGACCCACUUUUAUGAACUUGGAGGAAGAUUCUUUUGAUGUUCAGACUCAUAUAAAACUCACAUUUAAAUCAUAAAAGCCAGAAUGCUAUUCAGAGCAGAACUGAGUCUGUUCAGGUGGUUUGAAUCUUGUGACUGCGA